UGUGCUUACACAAUGUCAGUUUCCGUCAGUUUGACUUGUGGAUCGUAACCGCGUUGAACCACGAGCUUUUUUGUUUCCAGUUUCAGUUGAAAAGACAAUUUCUUAAUUACAAUUUACCUGUCGAUAUCGACGACUGCACCAGAUACACCAGAAUAGUAGAAUUUUUGGUGAUAAGUACAAGGUGUAUUUGUUGUUGUUAAAUUUUGAAGUUUCAGCUCGAGGCCCAGCGGAGAGCUCGAACGGCGGCGGCUCUGAAAAGUUUGUUGUUGUCACGUGACCUUAGACGAAUGUGGCGAUAAAACUUUGUUUAGAUACUAAAACUAGGUGGCGUAGUACAUUUUCAAAACCUAUUGAACACAGUUUCACCACAAUGCCUCAACCAAAAUACCGAAAGAUCGCCGUAAUUGGUUACCGAUCUGUAGGAAAGUCAUCUCUUACAAUACAGUUUGUGGAAGGACAAUUUGUUGACUCCUAUGACCCCACCAUCGAAAACACCUUUAACAAAAUGGUCAGCGUGAAUGGUCAAGACUUCAAUCUUCAGCUAGUUGAUACAGCUGGGCAAGAUGAGUACUCAAUUUUUCCACAAUCCCACUCAAUGGACAUUCAUGGCUAUGUCCUUGUCUAUUCAGUGACUUCCAUGAAAAGUUUUGAAGUUGUGCAGGUUCUACAUGACAAGCUGCUAGACAUGGUUGGGAAGAUUCAGGUCCCAACUGUUCUUGUAGGGAACAAAAAAGAUCUUCACAUGGAAAGAGUGAUCAAGCCAGAGGAGGGAAAAAAACUCGCUGAUUCCUGGGGUGCUGCGUUCAUGGAGUCCUCAGCCAAGGAGAAUGAGACUGCUGUGGAGGUUUUCAAGCGGAUCAUAUUGGAGAUGGAGAAAGCUGAUGGAAAUGCACCGGCAGAGGAGAGGAAGUGUGCUGUGAUGUAAAAGUGUUUCCAGGACAUCAGUAAGCUGAUUUACUGAAGACAGGAGGCACAACUUCACCAGCUUGCCAAUCGUGACCUCAUCAGCACCAAGACACUGCAGUGGAACUUUUCAACUUCGUUGUGACCAGAUUGAUUUACAUUACAAAGCCGCCGCUCAGCCAGUUGAUAAACUAUCACUAAUUGUAAUCGCAGGGAGAGUUUUCCAAGAUUAAUUUCUGUUUUAAACCUGAAACCACCUUCUUUAAAUACUGAAAUGUAAUCCAUGACUAGGAAGAAUACUGAUAUUGGAUUCAAUCAAAUGCGAAGAAAAAUAGUAGGACUGCCGAAAUAUUUUGGUCCAAAUUGUCUGUUUGAUUUUUUUUUGUAAUGUUUGGGACAUAAUUGACUUCUGUCUCAAACAUUUGAGUUAUGAACAGUGGGGACUGAUUAAUAACCUUUCUGAGGAUUUGUGUAUUUUUUCAUCAGAUCUAUUUUACAGCCAUCCAGAGUCACAGUACACAUUGCUUUAAAUGUGGUGUUCAGGUGUUGCUAUUUCUCACAUAUGUUGUAUUUCCUUCAACACCCUGUAUUGGGAUUUCACACAUGAAAUCUCACUCUGUUCUCGCAGUUCUCACUGUAGUUUUUAUCAACCCAUCUUCAGGUACCGUUUACCAGUGAACUAUGGAGCUGUGUCUUCAUGACGGAGGAGUCUUACUGUAUAUUUAAAACCACAUAUUUUUAGCCCUUCUGCUAAGCAGAUAGACCUUGGUUAUUUCUACAGUUUCCUUUCUUCUUAUUAACUGUAAUAAAGAUGUUAUGGACAGCACAGUUUUAGUAUAGAUUGGAUUGAUCUUGCUAAGUACCUGUUAUGGCCUUUUUAUCAAUAGUAAUAGAAUCUUAGAAACUGGUUUGGUACUAUUGGUUAUACUUUGAGUGUGGUGCACACUCUCUUCAACAUCCUUAGUCGACUGCCUUCAUAUAUGUGCAUUGUAAUUAUGAACAGUUUUUAAAUUACAUUUUAACAUUGCCUAUGACAAUUUAAGUGGCCAAAAAGGUUGGUUAGUAAUUUUUGAACUCAUUGUUCAGAUUUGAUGGUUAAUACAGGCUUGAUAAAUCUAAGCCAGUACUAUAUGACCUGUUUUUCAAACAUCUUGACGCCUUACAUAAAGCAUGACAGACGGUGAAUUUUCCUUCACAAACCCCAUGUUAUUUUUGUAGUGGGUGAUUGUAAUUUUAUCAAGUGCUUUGCUGAGUAAAUGGUUGAUGAACGUUGAACAGACGCUGGUGAUGCUGUGUCUUGUGCCUUACAGUUGUUCAAACUCUUUCAUCUAAUUCUUUUCAUGACUCAAGGUGCUUUUUUUUUUCUUCUGUUGACUUGACACCAUGGGUGCAGGUGUUGUGCACCUGAACACCAAUAUUCCCUUGUGAGUCAAUGUUGAUUCAGAAACCUUGCUGUAAACAGUUUUGUAUAUAAAUAAAUCUGUUACUCAUUU